CUCGGCCGCCCGUUAGCGGAGGCCCGGCUGCGGCCCCGAGGCUGGUUUCCCCCCUGAUCGGCGAGGUCUGUCUGUAGUAAUUAGCUUUCGAGUCCCCCGGGCAGAGCGCGAGUUGCUCCCUCCCCGGCGGAGCCCUCUCGGCCUCGGCCUCGCCCUCCCCGGGGCCCCCGCUGCAGCGCGGGCACACAAGAGACGCUCGGUGUGUAGUGAGUGAAUGAAUGAAUGCGCCUGUGCUGUCCUGGUCCCACCCCCAUCAGCCCCCGGGUUGAGAGCGCACAGCCCCCCUCCCCACCCGCACUGCACAGACCGGGGUAUCUGGACACCCGCAGGGAUUUACGCGAUGCCCGCCGUCGACCUGAUUGUGCACUGGGUGCUGCUGGGGGGCCCGCCUCCAUCAAGACAGGCUCUCUGCCCGCGCGGAGCUUGCAGCCCUGAGCAAGGGAGCGCAUUCAGGGACUCUGAGUUAUGCAGUUUCCCGUAGCACAAAUAAUGCCAGAACUUCAUGCCAGGGAAGGGGAGGGAGAGGCCCCUCCAUCCGGUGGCAUCCGAGCUGAGACCUGAAGACCUCAGUGAAGUGGGGUGUGGGCAGUGAGAGCUGGGAGGUUAGGAGGAAACCAAGGGACAGAGGAGCAGCCAAGGGCCCUCGUACUAACAGUGACGCUUUUGAGUCCAGGGCGAUAUCUGCUCCACUUGGGUUCGUGGAGUCCUGUAAAGAGGUCCACAUGCUUCAUUCAGCUCACCUGUUUGCUUGCCAGUGGUUACUGAGCAUCUGUUCUGCACCAGGACUCGCGCGGAUGUCCCGAGGCAUGAGCCCCCAGCCACGUGGCUGGGCCCAGUAGCACAUCGUGGGACGGGAGUGUGCGCCCACACAUGGUUUGGCCCUGCGGUGACCGGAGCAGCCUGGGCCACCACCAUGAUGAAGUUGUUGGUGGCCAAAGUCCUCUGCAUGGUGGGCGUGUUCUUCUUCAUGCUGCUUGGCUCCCUGCUCCCAGUGAAGAUCAUCGAGACGGAUUUUGAGAAGGCCCAUCGCUCAAAAAAGAUCCUCUCGCUCUGCAACACCUUCGGAGGCGGGGUCUUUCUGGCCACGUGCUUCAAUGCCCUCCUGCCCGCCGUGAGGGAAAAGCUCCAGAAGGUUCUGAGUCUCGGGCACAUCAGCACCGACUACCCGCUGGCCGAGACCAUCGUGAUGCUGGGCUUCUUCAUGACCGUCUUCCUGGAGCAGCUCAUCCUGACGUUCCGCAAGGAGAAGCCGUCCUUCAUCGAUCUGGAGACCUUCAACGCCGGCUCGGACGCUGGCAGCGACUCGGAGUACGAGAGCCCCUUCAUGGGGGGCACGCGGGGCCAUGCACUCUACGCGGAGCCCCACCCCCACGCACACGGGCUCAGCGUCCAGGAGCUGUCGCGCUCCAGCCCGCUGCGGCUCCUCAGCCUGGUGUUUGCCCUGUCGGCGCACUCCAUCUUCGAGGGCCUGGCCCUGGGCCUGCAGGAGGACGGCGAGAAGGUGGUGAGCCUGUUCGUGGGGGUGGCCGUCCACGAGACGCUGGUGGCUGUGGCCCUGGGCAUCAGCAUGGCCAGGUGCUCCAUGGCCCUGAGGGACGCGGCCAAGCUGGCCGUCACCGUGAGCGCCAUGAUUCCCCUGGGCAUCGGCGUCGGCCUGGGCAUCGAGAGCGCACAGGGUGUGCCCAGUAGCGUGGCCUCGGUGCUGCUGCAGGGCCUGGCGGGCGGCACGUUCCUCUUCGUCACCUUCUUUGAGAUCCUGGCGAAGGAGCUGGAGGAGAACAGUGACCGUCUGCUCAAAGUCCUCUUCCUGGUGCUGGGUUACGCUGUCCUGGCCGGCAUGGUCUUCCUCAAGUGGUGAACUGCCCACCGCCCACCCGCCGGACACAGGCGGUCCCCCAGCCCCCCCGUCACCCAGGCGGGGGCGCUCAGGCCCCGGGCUUCCGCCUGUGCACGGAGGGGCUGUGCCCCAGAUCCUAUGCCCUGAGCCCGAGGCACCGCGACCACUUUUAAAAAUACUGCUCUUAUAAUUACUUACCAAA